AUGAUCGGUCGCCGAGUCCUCAAGUACCCCCACGAAGUAACGAUCGGAGUAGAGCCCUUCCUCCCCACACCCUCCUACCCCCGCUGCACCAACCAAGUCACCGUCAAAGGCCCACGAGGGAGCCUCAGCAUGCCCCUCCAGCCAUUCGUAUCCGUCGAGCUCGCAGCACACGACCCCACCGCCCCAAAGAAAUCCCUCUCGGUCUCCAUCACCGACACAAAAGACCGGAAACAGCGGGCCAUGUGGGGCACGACUCGGGCGUUACUCGAAAACAUGGUGGAAGGCGUGCACGAAGGCUUCACGGUCCCGAUCAAAUUCACGGGUGUUGGUUACAGGGCGCUGUUUGAGCAAGGGAAGCUUAGCUUGAAGUUGGGAUACUCGCACCCAAUCUUGAUGGAGAUUCCGGAGGAUGUGGAGGUCAAGAUUCCUGCUCCAACUCGGUUGAUUUUGCAGGGGAACGAUUUGGAGAAGAUUACGCAGUUUGCGGCGUUGAUUAGGAAGUGGAGGCCGCCAGAGCCCUACAACCAGAAAGGGAUCUUUGUUGGGGAUGAGACGAUCAAGAAGAAGGAGGGCAAGAAGCGAUAG